CAUCAAUCACUUUUCACUUGUAGCCUGCUGAAUCAAGGAACAUACAGCAAAGAGAAAGAGGCACCGCCAUCUAACUCCAAUGCCUAUCCAGCUGAAUGUCAUUGUUAGUUCUGCAAGACAUGCCAUCCAUUCAUCUGUGUUCAUUUUUCAGUUCACUGCUUUCCAUUUUAGCCCCCUUUUGAUUCACUUGUCCUAUUUUGUUAUCAUUGAUGUACUUGGUUUUGUUGCCUUGAUGGCGCUGAAGCCAAGCAAACCCAACUACAGUCCUCGCCAUGUCGACAUGUUUUUCCUCUCGACAUCCGCAGUCACAGUUACAGGAUUAGCCACCAUCAAAAUGGAGGAUAUUUCUAGCUCCCAAAUAGUGGUCCUAACUAUCUUGAUGUUCUUAGGCAGUGAAAUGUUUGUUGGCUUGCUUGGCCUUGUUCUUGAGUGGAGCAAGCAAAACAAGCAUGAUCCUGAAGAUAGUAGAGUGAGAUCGGUUAUCAACCUCGACGAGUCGCAGGUAGAAGAGGCAAUCCCGGCAACACCAUCAACAAAUUCCAAUGGGCUCGAGAAGAGUUGCCUCAAAUACUUAGGGUUUGUGCUCCUGUCCUACAUGGUCAUGAUUCUUCUUGUAGGUUCUCUAUUGGUGUACUUGUAUAUAGCAAAUGUUUCAAGUGCAAGAGAUGUGCUAUCAAGGAAAACUAUCAACACAGUGCUCUUCUCGAUAUCAGUCACUGUGUCUUCUUUCACCAAUGGAGGGUUGAUUCCGACGAAUGAAAGCAUGGCGGUGUUCGCCUCGAACCAGGGCCUCCUCCUGCUACUCACUGGUCAAAUUCUUGCAGGCAAUAUUCUGCUUCCUGUGUUUCUCAGGCUGGUGAUAUGGGCAUUAAAAGGACUAGGAAUAACUAGAGCUGGAACUGCCGAGUUUAAGCUCAUGAUGAACAACCCAAGGACAAUAGUUUUCAACCACCUGCUUCCUAACCUGCAGACAGUAUUAUUCCUUGGAGCCACAGUUGGUGCCCUUGUAACCAUGGCAGUCACACUCUUCUGCAGCUUGAACUGGGAUUCUGCAGUGUUUGCAGGGCUCACCCCAAAUCAGAAGAUCACCAAUGCAUUUUUCAUGGCGGUGAAUGCAAUGCAGGCAGGAGAGAACUCCAUCGACUGCUCCCUCAUCGCGCCUGCAGCUUUAGUAUUGUUCAUCACUAUGAUGUACAUUCCAGCCUCUACAACAUUUUUCUCAAUGCAACAUUAUGACAAGAGAGGUGGCGAAGAACAAAAGGAUGGACCAGCGAAGAGAAGCCUAAGGCUGAAUAACAUGUUGUUUUCACCGCUCACCUGCAAUGCUGCACUGAUAAUGCUCGUCUGCGUCACCGAGAGGAGAUCACUCUUCAGAGACCCUCUCAAUUUCUCCACAUUCAAUAUGAUAUUCGAGGUGAUAAGUGCAUAUGGGAAUGUGGGGCUGUCCACCGGCUACAGCUGCUCGAGGCUGCCGCACCUGGAGAAGGAGAGCAUCUGCCAAGACAAGCCGUACAGCUUCUCGGGGUGGUGGAGCGACCAAGGGAAGGUGGUUCUUGUUCUGGUGAUGUUCUAUGGGAGGCUCAAAGGGUUCCACAAGCGCAGGAGCUAGUUUAUUGAGCCAAUGCCAGAUCAGCUGGCCCUUAUUUUCUUUUCUUAAGUUCUUCAUCCUGGUGAUGUUCUACGGAGUCUAAUAUGAACCUAUGUGAUGUCCAUAUGCAUCACUUCAUGAGUUUGUAAACAUCUUGAAAUUUUCUCAAAAUAUUCAGUGUACUACAAAAUGUU